CAGGCAGGCUGGCUCGCAGUAAAGCGCACCAGGCCUCGAGAAUUGUCAAACGCCGAAUGUCCACUGAAGAUGACGACUGUCCAGCGCACACUGAGCCGCGUCUUAUCUCAGACUACGUCGCGCUACCGCUCGACCUCGGCGGCAGUCACAACGCCCUCAAAUGAACCAACAAGCCAGGCUGCAAGCUGGGACAGCGGCAAGCCCUACGUUGAGAUCCCCGGACCGAAGCCUCUGCCUGUUAUUGGAAAUGUGUGGCGCUUCGUGCCCGGAAUUGGAGAUUUAGCUAACCUUCAGUUCGACCAGUUGUUUACGGUUCUACUGAAGAAGUAUGGCCCUAUCUGCAAGUUAGGUGGAAUGCCAGGCCGACCUGAUAUGUUGCUGGUGAAUGAUGCCGAUGCUGCUCAAAUAAUUUACCGUAGUGAAGGAACCUGGCCAACUCGAAGAGGAGCUUACGUCUUGGAUCACUACUUCAGAGAUGUCAGGAAAAACCUGCUUGUUAGUCUGGCAACAGCAGAAUGGCAAGAUUUCCGAACUUCAGUUAACCAAGUCAUGAUGCAGCCUAGGCAUACGGUGCGUUAUGUAGAGCCUGUUGACAAGAUGAGCCAAGAGUUUAUUGAUAGAAUAAAAGCUGUUCGUUACGCUAACGGUCAAAUGCCUCCUGAUUUUGCCAAUGAACUGGGGACGUGGACACUUGAAUCUGUCUGCUACAUUGCCCUCGACACCAGAAUAGGCAUUUUUGGAACUCCAACCCCUCCGCCGGAAGCACUCACCAUGUUUGAAGCGGUCCAGGGAGUUUUUGACGGCAUAUACGACCUGGACAUAAAGCCAUCACUUUGGAAAUUUGUUUCAACUCCAGCAUAUCGUCGAUUCAUCCAUAACAUGAAUACAUUCACAAAUGUUGCAUCCAAAUACGUCAACAAAGCAAUGGAGCGUCUGCAACACACACCCAAGGAAGAUUUACACACACAACAGCGAAGUGUUCUUGAAAAUCUGCUUCUGCAGACUGAUGACCCCAACAAGGCUGUAGCCAUGGCCCUAGACAUGCUUCUGGCUGGGGUAGACACGACUUCAGCCGUUAUAACUACAAUAUUGUACCAGCUGUCACUACACCCCGAGAAGCAAGCUCAGCUACAGCUUGAACUUGAUCGGGUCAUUCCCGACAAAACUAAACCAAUAACUAAGGAGCAGCUUGAGCAGCUGAGGUACAUGAGAGCUUGCAUCAAGGAGUCGAUGCGGAUCAUGCCAAUUCUUGGUUCAAAUUUCCGUGAUACUGGCGGUGACGUCGUUCUUGCAGGGUACCAGGUCCCAAAGGGCACUGUCACCGCCUUCCCGUUGAAAGAGAUGUUUCUGAAUGAAAAAUACUUCCCAAGGGCUAAGGAGUUUCUUCCCGAACGCUGGUUGCCGGAGAACAAGGACCUCAAGACCUCCCAUCCUUUCGCCUUCACGCCAUUUGGGUUCGGUCCUAGAAUGUGCGUAGGCAAAAGAUUUGCAACUCUAGAGAUGGAAUUGCUAACUGCAAAGAUUUUUCGAAACUUUUCCGUAGAGUGGAAUCAACCCCCAGCGAAAACUGAAUUUAAAAUAGUUUUAAAAUUUGUAUCUCCUCUACAAUUUACAGUUAAGGACAGAGUUUAAGUUUUGGUGUGUUGUCGUUUGUUACGUAAACAUUUUAAGAUUAACAAUGUAAUAAAUAAAAGUUCUAUUUAAAUAAAUUUCCGACGUAAGCGUAAAUAAAACUAGUGAAGUAUCAUCCCUGA